ACAGCGUUGCGUGGAGCCGCAGGUGCAGCCAUGUGACCGGCGCACCUGUCUCAGGUUACCUGUUUCUACGGCACUUUCAUUACUGUACUCUACUGUACUACCUGUUUUUUCACCGCGCGUUCGUGUUAACGUCCCUGUUUUUCUAGCUUAACACGGCGCGCUUGGCUCUCGUACCUCAUGGAUCCAAAUAAAAUCAACGGCCUGGAGGGGGCGCUGUCGGCCGUGUACCGUGCCGCUCUCAAGCUGCGCUCCUUGCAGAAACUGUGUCAAAUGGAUGGGGUCCGCACCUGUUCCCUCAGCAGUGCCCUGCAGUCCCAUGGCAGGAACGUGGGCCCUGGUGGCAAGAUCAGCAAAGAGGAGGUGGGAGCCUGUCUGCAAAGGCUGUUUCAGGGUGUGUCCCAGGAUCCACCAUAUCAGAUGACACCAGAAGCCAUAGAGCACACCACCAGGCUGCUGUUCAAACUGUUUGAUAGGGAGCAGUCUGGCUUUGUGUCGCUGCGGUCUAUGGAGGUAGUACUUAUUGCCCUGUCAGGAGACUCACUUUCAGCGAAGCACGCAGCGCUGUUCCAGCUGGCGAUGAGCUGCAGCGAAGAGCAGGACAGUAGCACAGUGAGCCAGAGUGGUCUGAGGACAGUGCUGGAGGACCUGAGCCAGGUCCCAGUGGUGGUUCAGGAGAGUCAUGUGUUUGGUCGAGUGGACACUGCAGUGCAGUCCUGCUUCCAAGAGAUCCUGGAUGGUCGUGUUCCUGAGGAGCACUUUUUGUGUUGGCUGAGGACAGAACCACAGCUGCUGCUCUGGCUGUCCACGCUUUCCAAGGUCUCUGCCAGCGAGGCUGUGGUCCAUCGAGUUCGCUGCCACACAUGCAAGGCGUUCCCCAUUAUUGGGCUCAGGUAUCGCUGCCUCAAGUGUCUCAACCUGCAUCUCUGCCAGACAUGCUUCCUGGCUCAGAGGGGUACCAGGAAACACAAGCCCUCCCAUCCUGUACUGGAAUAUUGUACUCAGCCAUCUCUGAGGGAAUCACUGGCAUCACUGGCACACCACGUACAAGAGAAGUUCAAAAAGAGGCGCUUUGGCAGGAGGGAGGCAGAGACGAGGAGUGCCGUUUGCAUACCGGAAACACUUAAUGGAGCUCAACUCAGGUCCAGCACUCCUGCCUUGACCCAAGACAACAGUACAGAGCCCAAGGCAAAUUUCGAGACCACGACAUCACGGCCCAGGGUAGAGUCCAAAGCCAUGCAGACAGACACAUCUCUACAGACCCAGGAGAAGACUUUGCUUUUCAAACAAGAUCUGUAUCAAACACAAAUGGCUCUUAGAGACCUGCAGAGGGAGAAGAGGCAGUUGCAGAAACAGUUCCAGGUUUGGACAUCUUCUGCCCAGUCAGAGCAUAACACACUAAAGAACAAAUGCUGCCAGAUGGAAGCUGCUGUAGAAGUCCUGGUCCACCACAACCAGAAUCUGCAGGAAGAACUCUUAAGAGUUCAGCAGAUGCUGGAGGCAUUAACCAAAGAAGAGGAAGACAAUUAUGUAUCUGACAUUAAGCAUCCAAAAGCAGAGAAAAUGGUAUAUAAUCCCAGCCAGACAGAGAUUAAAACAGCAUCAGCCUUUUCUCAUGAAGAAGGAACAGCUCAGACGAGCCACAAAGUCUCUGGCCAGUCUACUGAAAAUGUUGUUGCUCAGAAGCCCAGCAGACUGUCUGAAUGGCACCCCCUUGAUGAGAACCAGGAAUUAAAGCCAUAUGAAGACAGCACCCUCUGGCAGGACUCACACCCUGGGAGAGAAAACCAGAACAGCUCAGACUCCUUUGUUGAGCAAGAGGCACAAUUGUUUGAUUUAGUGCAGCGGCUGAAGAGUUCCCUUACUCUAAACCAGCAAAGAGGGUCAAUCUCUGUACCCCAAGGGGAGCUACUGGUGGCUGCUGAAGUUGUCAGAAGCUCCAUUUCUCAACUCGUCAGUGCUGUCAGCCUGUGCAGUCCCCCCUGCAUCCAAACUCUGUGAAAUCACAACAGCCACCCACAGUCAGUCAUA